UCGGGCUCCAGCUUCGUUCUGCUGCUUCAGACAAACACAGGAACUCGCCCUAUUAAUUUAUCUUUGUGUAACAAGUUCUAAUCGCAAAGUUCCCGGCCUUUGGCACUCCGUCGCUCCCUAUUGGCUGGAGCCGAGCCCUCGCUUCACCGGAUUGGUCCUGACGCACUGAAAUGCAGCGAGGCAGUCUACUUCUCGCCACGGCGAUUUUUGUUACUCCAGAAUCGAUUGUUGCCAGUGGCGCGGCUGGGCUCCGGAGCGAAAUAGUUACACCCGCGGGCUGCAUCAUGCCAUCAGAAGAUAAUAUCUCAAACGAGACCGCUGGUGAAAACAAGGAGGUGGACCUACAGAAUGUGGUCACUCGAGUUGCCAACUUGCCUCUUGUGAGUUCAGCCUAUGACAUGGUCUCCUCAGCUUAUGCCUCCACAAAAGAGACCCACCCCUACCUCAAGUCUGUCUGCAAUGUGGCGGAGAAGAGCGUGAAGACCCUCACAGCAGCUGCUGUGAGUGGGGCCCAGCCCCUCUUGAACAAGCUGGAACCUCAGAUUGCAACAGCCAAUGAGUAUGCAUGCAAGAGCUUGGAUAAAUUGGAAGAAAAACUACCCAUUUUGCAACAGCCAUCGGAGAAAGUUGUUGCCAGCACUAAGGAAGUGGUCUCGAGCACCGUCAACGGGGCGAAGAAUGCUGUGGCCAGCGGUGUGAGCGGGGUGGUGGACAUGACCAAAUCGAUGGUGUUGGGCAGCGUGAAUACCGUCAUGGGGUCCAGAGUGAGCCAGAUGGUUGCCGACGGCAUGGAGGCUGUCCUGGAUAUGUCAGACGACCUUGUGGAUCAUUACCUCCCUACAACACAGCAAGAGCUUAUUGAAAUGGCUGAGUUAUUGGAUACCUCUGAUACGGGUUUCUCUGUGCUGGCCCCCUUAAUGCCGCCAAGUGAGCAGGAGAGUUAUUUUGUUCGCUUGGGAUUUCUCUCGAGCAAAGUCCGUCGCCGGGCCUACCACCAUUCUGUGAACAAGCUGUGGAACAUCAAGAAGGCCACAGAAGGCCCCUUCACCCAACUCUACCAGAUGAUCGUGCUGGUGGAAAACGUCAAGGCGGGUGUUGGCCAUAGGCUUCAAGAAGGCCAGGAGAAGCUACACCAGAUGUGGUUGGAAUGGAGCAAGAAGCAAACAGGGAACGGAGAACUGAUGGACUCUUCGGGACAGCCGGAGGUUGAGUCGCAGACCCUGACCAUGUUCCGGGGCCUGACUCAGCAGCUGCAGGGCUCCUGCUCAACCCUCAUCUCCAGUGUCCGAGGCCUUCCGGUUUCUAUCCAGGACAAAGUCCAACACCUCCGCCACACAGUGGAGGACCUCCACACGUCCUUCUCAACAGCCCAUUCCUUCCAGGACAUUUCAGCCACCAUCCUGGCCCAGAGCCGCGAGAGUGUCUCCUGGGCAAACGAGGCGAUGGAGGACGUGCUCGACUAUGUGGUCUCGCACGUUCCCCUCCCAUGGGUGGUGGGGCCUUUCGCCCCCAACUUGGUGGAGCUUCCGGAAGAUGCCUGCGCAGAUGCAGAAGAUUCUGUCCGGGCCUGUGUAGGGUCGAAGGAGAAGCUGGACAGCCCACAGAAGGACCCCUCUGAACCUGAAAAGUUGGACAGCCCGCAAACUGAGAUAAAGAAAGACGUCUAGGUUUUUGUUGCAGGUUUCCAAAAUGUCUAAUGUGGCUUUUGUGCAAAAACUUCUGGGAAUUCUGUUGGAAGGACUUUGGCAAAACUACAGUUCCUAGGUAUUAGGAGCGCUAACUCUGCUAAUGUUGCUGCAGAAAUCCCUCUCGAUCUGUGAUGUUUCAGGUGUGCCUUCUAAAAAUUAGAAUAGAUGUAAAUGACUUACGACAAAGGUCAGCUGGCUUGUUAAGAAUAGAGUGGCUAGAAUUGUAUUAGUUUUACCUCUGGGUGACUAGAUUUCCGCAGGAUCUCUUUGCCAGUAUCCCUAAGAGCAAGCUGUUUCAGUGUUUUGAGACAGUAUCUUACUUGACUCACGUAGCACAGUGCCUACCUGUUUUCCAGAAUCCACACAUUAAGCUUCUUUUAGAUGUCUAGAAAAACAUUAUUUUUCUUCCUUCCCAAUCUACUUUAAGGGCAUUAGCAGCACCCAGAAAUAGUUUUCAGCUAGAAAAUGGUGAAAGUUCAAUCAGCAAAUAAAUGGAUUGCUAGAUCUUCUGGAUUUGGGGGUGGGGGGGUGGGGGGGGAAGCUAAGGUCUUCAACUGGUCAGUAGGAACUCUGCAGCCCUACCUUUUGUGACUCUUCGUAGGGCAUCUUAAGGAAAACCAAGAUGUCCAGUGCCUUAAGUGUUCCCGGAACAUCCUGUCCUUCAUUCCAUCCUCACUCCACUUCAGAUCUUCUGACAUCUUCCCUUUCCUCGACAGAAUUGCACCUUUAACCCGUAGGGGCAAGCCUCGAGAUCUGUAUGCUGCGUUUGUCUUUUGGGUCUUACCUCUUGCUGUAGUAGAUACUUGGGCUGGUGCCCUUGUAGCAUUGAAUCUUGAUAACAGAUAAAUGUAAUGAAACUAAUGCAUGUGUUUUUUUUGUACAGUGUCCUAAAAAUUAAAACUUUUCUGAUUGGCAUUAA